CGUGUAGAUGGAGAAUGUCUGAAGAAAUCUAACGUGUGGAACAUAGCUAGUUAAUUGAAGGGUUUUGUUUUGCCAAUAAGUUAGCUAGGCAUCUAUUUAUUGUGAAUAAAGAAAAAAAGUGACUGACCCAAAGAAGCAGCUAGCUCACGGCUGCAAGAAAUCCUACCGAAAUGAAGUAAGUGCUCGUGGCAGAGAGAUACUCAGACAGGGCAAAGUUAGCUAGCUAGCUAACGUACCUAGUAAACGUUAGCUUGCAGCAAGUCAGCUCUUUGCUAGCAGUUGGCUAUCGUAAACUAGCUAGCUGGUUAAACUGUAAACAUUACACCGUGCAAUGUCUGUUGGAACGAACUUAGCCACAGAUGAAUAGGGGAGUUAGCUAGCUAGCUAGUUAUAGGUUUCUUUGAUUUAGCUAAUGUACAUGCUGUCACAGUUCUGUUUUGCUCGCUAACGUUAACUGGCUAAAAUGCCCUUAUUAUGACUAUUGCACUUCCAUGCAUGUUUUUGGAAUACCUUUAUUCUAGGCUCAACAUCGAAGGGUUGUUAGUCUAUUUUCCAUAUGACUACAUUUACCCAGAGCAAUAUUCCUACAUGCUGGAACUCAAGAGGACCCUGGAUGCCAAGGUAAAUAGAGAGACCCAGCAACAUGCCACUUGUUGUAGACGAUCAUAAUGAUAUGGCCCUAUACAUGAUGGUAACACAUUGUUUAUCCAAAGGGACAUGGAGUUCUGGAGAUGCCAUCGGGAACCGGGAAAACCAUAUCUCUUCUGUCAUUGAUUGUUGCAUAUCAGCGGGUGAGUGAAGAUAUGCCCGUUUCUCCAUCAGGACUCUGUUGGAGGAAUCUUUAUCACCAUCUGGACCUCUUUGACAGUUCACUUAUAGAGUGAUAUCACCUCUCUUUGACAGGAGUAUCCCCUUGAAGUCACAAAGCUGAUCUACUGUUCCCGAACUGUUCCUGAGAUAGAGAAGGUGAUCUCUCUCUUCUCCUACACCUUUCUGUGUGCUCCCCUGUCCUUGAAGAACAUUUUGUUUUUCAUCACCUUCUCUGAUGCCAAGUUGCUCCCUUCUCCAUCAGGUGGUGGAGGAGUUGAGGAAGCUUAUGGAGUUCUAUUCUAAGGAGACGGGAGAGAAGAAUAACUUCCUGGCUCUGGCGCUCUCCUCUCGGAAAAACCUGUGUGUUCACCCCGAGGUAGGAUUAAGCACACACAGGAUCUGCAAAUAAAUCGAGGUCUAUGGGCAUAACAAUCAUAAGCCUGGAAAUAUAUAUAUAUAUAUACCGACCAGUGUCUGUUUAGCAUUGCUUUUUCCACAUUGGAGGGUAUAUCCGUGGACGGUUCUGUUUGGGAAGGCGUCGUUUGCAUCGCCGAGUGGUGCCCAGGAAAUCAUUUAAAUCCAAUUGUUAGAUUAUACUACCAACCCCCCCCCCCCCCCCCCCCCCCCCCCCCCCCCCCCCCCCCCCCCACCAAAUCAAAAUCAAACAUGGAUUCCAUUAUGGUUGUGAAUGUGUAAACGUUUAAACAAGGUUGGAAUCCUUAACGUUAAGAAAAUUCCCUAACCGAAAAACAAAGUUUUCCCCCCCCCACAUAAUUAAAAUCACAGUGCAGUUAUCACAAAACAUUAUUUUCUGUGUUAUAGCCUAACUAGAUUAUAUGGCUAUAAAGGCCUGGGGAAAAUUGUGUAAUUUACAGUUGAAGUCGGAAGUUUACAUACACUUAGGUUGGAGUCAUUAAAACUAGUUUUUCAACCACUCCACACAUUUCUUGUUAACAAACUAUAGUUUUGGCAAGUCGGUUAGGACAUCUACUUUGUGCAUGACACAAGUAAUUUUUCCAACAAUUGUUAAGACAGAUUAUUUCACUUAUAAUUCACUGUAUCACAAUUCCAAUGGGUCAGAAGUUUACAUACACUAAGUUGACUGUGCCUUUAAAAAGCUUGGAAAAUUCCAGAAAAUGAUGUCAUGGCUUUAGAAGCUUCUGAUAGGCUAAUUGACAUCAUUUGAGUCAAUUGUAGGUGUACCUGUGGAUGUAUUUCAAGGCCUACCUUCAAACUCAGUGCCUCUUUGCUUGACAUCAUGGGAAAAUCUAAAGAAAUCAGCCAAUACCUCAGAAAAAAAAUUGUAGACCUCCACAAGUCUGGUUCAUCCUUGGGAGCAAUUUCCAAACGCCUGAAGGUACCAUGUUCAUCUGUACAAACAAUAGUACGCAACACCUUGGGACCACGCAGCCGUCAUACCGCUCAGGAAGGAGACGCGUUCUGUCUCCUAGAGAUGAAUGUACUUUGGUGCGAAAAGUGCAAAUCAAUCCCAGACCAACAGCAAAGGACCUUGUGAAGAUGCUGGAGGAAACAGGUACUAAAGUAUCUACAUCAAUAGUAAAACGAGUCCUAUAUCAACAUAACCUGAAAGGCCGCUCAGCAAGGAAGAAGCCACUGCUCCAAAACUGCCAUAAAAAAGCCAGACUACGGUUUGCAACUGCACAUGGGGACAAAGAUCGUACUUUUUGGAGAAAUGUCCUCUGGUCUGAUGAAACAAAAAUAGAACUGUUUGGCCAUAAUGACCUUCGUUAUGUUUGGAGGAAAAAGGGGAAGGCUUGCAAGCCGAAGAACACCAUCCCAACCGUGAAGCACGGGGAGCCCCCCGUGUAGCUCAGUUGGUAGAGCAUGGCGUUUGCAACUCCAGGGUUGUGGGUUCGAUUCCCACGAGGGGCCAGUAUGAAAAUGUAUGCACUCACUAACUGUAAGUCGCUCUGGAUAAGAGCAUCUGCUAAAUGACUAAAAUGUAAAUGUAAAAUGGGUGGCAGCAUCAUGCUGUGGGGGUGCUUUUCUGCAGGAGGGACUGGGGCACUUCACAGAAUAGAUGGCAUCAUGAGGAAGGAAAAUGAUGUGGAUAUAUUGAAGCAACAUCUCAAGACAUCAGUCAGGAAGUUAAAGCUUGGUCGCAAAUGGGUCUUCCAAAUGGACAAUGACCCCAAGCAUACUUUCAAAGUUGUGGCAAAAUGGCUUAAGGACAACAAAGUCAAGGUAUUGGAGUGGCCAUCACAAAGCCCUGAACUCAAUCCUAUAGAAAAUGUGUGGGCAGAACUGAAAAAGCGUGUGCGAGCAAGGAGGCCUACAAACCUGACUCAGUUACACCAGCUCUGUCAGGAGGAAUGGGCCAAAAUUCACCCAACUUAUUGUGGGAAGCUUGUGGAAGGCUACCCAAAACGUUUGACCCAAGUUAAACAAUUUAAAGGCAAUGCUACCAAAUACUAAUUGAGUGUAUGUAAACUUCUGACCCACUGGGAAUGUGAUGAAAGAAAUAAAAGCUGAAAUAAAUCAUUCUCUCUACUAUUAUUCUGACAUUUCACAUUCUUAAAAUAAAGUGGGGAUCCUAACUGACCUAAGACAGGGAAUUUUUACUAUGAUUAAAUGUCAGGAAUUGUGAAAAACUGAGUUUAAAUGUAUUUGGCUAAGGUGUAUGUAAACGUCCGACUUCAACUGUAAAUAAAACCAGAGAGGAAUAGACAAACUUUAGGCUACUUUGGUGAAUUUGCGAGGCAAGCAAGACCAAGACGUAUGCUCACGGCCCCUCAUGUCUCUCCCAAGCACUGGCCUGCCUGCUCUUUCUCUUCGCUAAUGACCUGAGUGUGUGUGUGUGUGUGUGUUCAGUCUUCGGUCUGUUGCGUGUAGAAUAGCCUAGCUUAGGCUGUUCAUGGUCCGAUGUCGCCGGGAUACAGGGGUAUCUUCAGGCCAGUCUUGCGAGCACGGGGUAGGCUAUGCUUCGAUUAUGAGUGGGUGGAUGUGUUUUUGUCUCAUCAUAUGAAAUUACAGUAGGCUACCUGUAUCGAUUACCCUUUUCAGAUAAAAUGGUAUGUGGCCUCUUAAAAGCUUCUCGGCUACGGCAUGUUUGUUUGUCUGUUAGGGUAGGCUACACUACGGCUUUUUAAACGCCGACGCGAAACGUUCUCUGGAGACAUGAAUGGCAUUUGACUUAUCUAUAAAGUAAUGCCGCUUCUGAAGCGAGACUAACUUCCAUCAGUAGGCGACUGGAACAGUCAAUCCUAGCCUGCCUGCGCACAGACCACUCUUUCCUAAAAAAGUACUUUAAAGUUCGUUAAAUAUUGCGACUUACCAAGACAUUUAGUAGAAAGAAAACGCAUCUAUCAAUCCUACCAUAAAAAAACAGCAACGUUUAUUGUUGUCAGGGAAACAAUAGAACAUUAUAUGCAGGAGCAGAAUUCUACUGUCUGAAAAGCUACAGACUCAUCUGAUGCAGCACUUUUUUUAAUUGUCUGAAAAGUUAUCAAUUAUUGACAUGUUACUGUACUGCGUUCUAUGUCUGUAAAGGGUCGCAGUAGACAACUUCAUUGCCCGACCCUAGCAGUCAGUACACUGCCAACAGUAUAUCUUCACGAUGACACCCACUAACCGUGGCCCUGUAACACUCUUCAAACACAUUUGUGUGUGUUCAAAAUAGUUAAAUGAUGUGUGUGUCUGUUCAUGUCAUGGUCCAAAUUGCAUGAUUCUUUGUGUUCAGGUGAGCUCCUUACGCUUUGGGAAGGAGGUAGAUGGGAAAUGUCACAGCCUGACAGCGUCAUACAUCCGUGCCCAACGGCACAGCAACCCAAGCCUGCCUUCCUGCCGUUUCUAUGAGGUGAGGGGCUUGGGAUUGUGACAAAGAGAGUGAUCUGGACACUUCCAUGCCUCUGUCUGUCUGUCAUCCUUUCUGUCUGACUGACUCUGUCUGCUCUAGGAGUUUGAUGCUAUGGGAAAGCAGGUGCCCCUCCCCGCUGGAGUCUACAACCUGGACGAUAUGAAGGACUUUGGGCGGAGGAAAGGCUGGUGCCCCUACUACCUAGCACGAUAUUCGGUAAGAAUAGCCCAUAGUCAUAGCAAUCUGAUGUUUUUCUUUUACCAGUGUUUUUGUAGCAUGUUGUAUUUGACAGCAUUACUAAAGACGGUACAGUAUGAAGAUAGGCAGAAACUGAUUCUCCAAUAGAAAGCACAGAUCACACUUGUAGGCAAUAUACUUUCGAUAUAAAGUUGUUUUUGACAUGAAUGAAAACGUGUCAGUUUGUCACUAGGUUGGAGUAAUAACAUAUUCAACUACUUAUGACAUUGGCUCAGAUCUAGGUUGUGCCUUUUUAGAUUUUGAGAAAAUUGACAAGUAAGAAUUUUUCACUUCUCUCAUUGACUUCUCAAACCCUGGCCUGGUCUGUUUCGCAAGCGUUCCCGGAAGUCUUGCGAUGUUGUGCCUCUGGGUUUAGAAACUCUGUGGCAUUACUGUAUGAAGGAUGAUGUUUUUCCUCUUGCUUCAUUCCUUAACACAUACAGAUCCUCCAUGCCAACAUCAUAGUUUACAGUUACCACUACCUUCUGGACCCAAAGAUUGCAGACCUUGUCUCAAAGGAGCUCUCCAAGAAAUCGGUGGUUGUUUUUGACGAAGCACAUAACAUCGGUAAGGACAUCCACGUGUUUCUUUCCCAUUUGUUUAAGAAACCCACUGUUUCAAGCCUCCACAAGCUGAUAUUCCAUCCUCUUCCUCAGACAACGUGUGCAUCGACUCCAUGAGCGUCAACAUCACCAGGAGGACUCUGGACCGUAGUCAGGCCAACGUGGAGACCCUACAAAACACCAUUCUCAAGUAAGGUCAUACUGCUCAGGGUCAUACACUCAGGGUUCUAGUGGAGAGCAGCACUAGAAGCACUAACAUUUUAUGUGUACAAAGGAGAACGUACAAAGAGUUAAUAAUGUGACAGGCUGAACCAGUUUGUUGUUCUUGCCCCGAAAGUGUAGAGGGUUGUGAUGUCAUCUCAACCUCUUGUCCUCUGCUGUAGGAUAAAGGAGACAGACGCAGCCAAACUGAAAGAGGAAUACAGACGAUUGGUGGAGGGCCUGAAAGAGGCCAACGUUGCCAGGGAGACCGAUGUCUACAUGUCCAAUCCCGUGUUGCCAGAUGAGAUCCUCCAAGGUUAGCCCACUGGCGUCCAGUCGAAAACAACCAGUUAUUGAAUAUUUGUUCAUAUUUGUAUCGAUUUAUGCUCAAACAGGGUUUCAUGUAUCUAUCUUUCCCUUUCUAUACCCUGUCCUCCCUCCCCGCACUGUCUUUCUUUACGUAUUUCCCCCUCUGCCUCCAGAGGCUGUCCCUGGCAGUAUCCGCACGGCAGAGCACUUUGUGGGCUUCAUGAAGCGUUUCCUGGAGUACCUGAAGGCCAGGCUGAGGAUUCACCAUGUAGUGCAGGAGAGCGCUCCCCAGUUCCUUAAAGACAUCUUCGAGAAGGUCUGCAUUGACCGCAAGCCCCUCAGGUGACUUCUACAGUACUUUUGUGUUAGUUUUGUAAAGCCUGGUGCCCUUGGUUGGUGGAGAUUUCCACUUUAGGACCAAUGGAAUGGCCUUAACAUGUGCAAACUCCGUCCACCAGGGCACCGGGCAAUGCAAAAAUAAUGCUCCUAGACCUAAGACUCCAUCGUGGAUUAUGUCUCUUUGGAACAUUGAAAGAAGUUUCUAGUAACUCCUCCACACUCCUUAAUUCUUAUAUUGUAUAUCUAUUUGUUUCUCUAGAUUCUGUGCAGAGAGGUUGCGUUCGUUGCUGAGGACUUUGGAGAUUGCGGACAUCGCAGACUUCUCAGCCAUCACCCUCAUCUCCAACUUUGCCACUCUGGUCAGCACUUACAGCAAAGGUACUGAACCUACUAGGCUGACUGUGUGUAUGUUACCUCUACAUGGCUACAGCUAUGUGGUUAUUUACUUUCCUUGUCCUUUCCAUCUUCCACCCUCAGGCUUCACCAUCAUCAUUGAACCCUUUGAAGACAGAACCCCCACCAUUGCUAACCCCGUGCUGCACUUCAGGUGGGGUUCAUUUGUGUUGAGCGUAUUUUGUUUUGCCAGCAGAAUGGUGUGAUAUUGAUGGAUGAGCUGUUGUACCAAUGCAAGAGCCAAGGGUGAAAUAAUCCAUCAGGAUGGAAGUGAAUGUAUACUCUGCUUAGUUACUCAUUGUGCCAUUGGAUAGUUUAAAUGCACCAUAAGAAUAGAUUUGUCAUUCAUCUUAUCUGGGAUCAAGUUGAGAGAAACAGGAACAAUUUAUAUGAUAUGUGGCAUAAAUCCAGGUCCAGGCAUUCAUGUAGUUUCAGAUAUUAAACAGCCUUUAUUUUAUAGGCUAGUGCGUUAAAAAAAAAACACACGCAUGUCAGUUUACGCUUUUUAUCUGGGAUCUACUUCUAACCCUGGCUCUCCUUUCAGCUGUAUGGACCCUUCCAUUGCCAUCAAGCCUGUGUUCGAGCGCUUCCAGUCUGUCAUCAUUACGUCAGGGGUAAUCUUUCUCCCUCCUCCUGUUCCUAGAUUAACUGUGACCUAGCCACUAAUCAGUGAUUACACGCCACCUGCUGAUGGUCUCAUCUGUCCAAGAUGGGGCCACUCACAUUCCAAUGCAGUCGGGCUAGAGUGCUAUUUGUACAUUUUGUGCUGUAUCUUGUUAUCUUGUCCAUGUAGAUGUGUUAAUGAGGGACAAAUGGCUUUUCUUUGUGUUUCUCAGUACUUUAUCAACAGGGGAUUCCCCCUUAAAUCUGCAGCUUUAAUGAUUUUUUUACCACCAUUCAGAAUGACAGUUUAUCAAUGAAUUUGCAUGCGAUGCAAACAGAAAUGUAAAGAAGUUUGAUAGUUUAUAUUAUUUUGAGUAUAUUAUUUUGCCUGUAGGUGUCUUCAGUGGUGAGUUCAGUACUAUGACCAUCACUUCACUCCAUUGAUCCUCACACUAGAUCCCUUGGCUGUGUGUUGGCUUGGCUGUCCUACCCUGUGGCUGUCUACUUCUGAUCAUGUUUCUAUCCACAGACCCUUUCACCGUUGGACAUUUACCCCCGAAUCCUGGACUUCCGGCCUGUUACCGUUGCAUCCUUCACCAUGACGCUGGCACGCACCUGCCUCUGCCCUCUUGUGAGUAAUCUCAGAAACAGUCUACAUGAUAUGACCUGAGUGGUUAAUUCAAGCUAUGCUGAGCUUCAGAAAGAAUGCAAGGGGGUGACACGGAGCUCUUCCUCUUUCAGGUGGUGGGGAGGGGGAACGACCAGGUGGCCAUGACCUCCAAGUUUGAGACGCGUGAAGAUUUUGGUUAGUGGUUGUUACAUUGUAUCGAAAUAUUGUAAUCUUUCCUUGCUUCUUUGUAAGCUUAGACUCUCCUUUCCUUAGUUGGGAUAAACAAAACAUUGAAAUAAACCUGGUCUGGGUUCUAUUUUUCAGCUGUCAUCCGUAACUAUGGCAACCUGCUGCUGGAGAUGUCUGCGAUCGUGCCCGACGGCAUCGUGGCCUUCUUCACCAGCUACAUCUACAUGGAGAACAUUGUGGCCUCGUGGUAUGAGCAGGUGUGUACACACGGUCCACAAAUGGAAUUGAGAAUAAAUGUAAAAGUGAAUAAGGUGUGGUUCUGUCUGUACUAUUAUAGCAAUAGACAUAUCUACACUGAACAAAAAUAUAAACAUAACAUGUAAAGUGUUGAUCCCAUGUUUCAUUAGCUGAAAUAAGAGGCCAUAAAUGUUCCAUAUGCACAAAAAGCUUAUUUCUCUCAAAUUUUGUGCACAAAUUUGUUUACAUCCCUGUUAGUGAGCAUUUCUCCUGACAAGUGUGGCAUGUCAAGAAGCUGAUUAAACAGCAUGAUCAUUACACAGGUUCACCUUGUGCUGGGGACAAUAAAAGGCCACUCUAAAAUGUGCAGUUUUGUCACACAAAACAAUGCCACAGAUGUCUCAAGUUUUGAGGGAGCGUGCAAUUGGCAUGCUGACUGCAGGAAUGUCCACCAGAGCUGUUGCCAGAGAAUUUAAUGUUAGUUACUCUACCAUAAGCCUCCUCCAACAUCGUUUUAGAGAAUUUGGCAGUACAUCCAACUGGCCCCUAACUGCAGACCAUGUGUAUGGCGUCAUGUGGGCGAGCUGUUUGCUGAUGUCAGCGUUGUGAACAGAGUGCCCCAUGGUGGCGGUGGGUUUAUGGUAUGGGCAGGCAUAAGCUACGGACAACGAAGAGAAAUUGCAUUUUAUCGAUGGCAGUUUGAAUGCACAGAGAUACCGUGACGAGAUCCUGAGGCCCAUUGUUGUGCCAUUCAUCCUCCGCCAUCACCUCAUGUUUGAGCAUGAUAAUGGACCGCCCCAUGUCGCAAGGAUCUGUACACAAUUCCUGGAAGCUGAAAAUGUCCCAGUUCUUCCUGCAUACUCACCAGACAGCAUGUUCCAGUUCCCGCCAAUAUCCAGCAACUUCGCACAGCCAUUGAAGAGGAGUGGGACAACAUUCCACAGGCCACAAUCAACAGCCUGAUCAACUCUAUGCGAAGGAGAUUUGCCUCAUGCAGCGUGACACAUGGUGGUCACACUAGCUACUGACUGGUUUUCUGAUCCACGCCCCUACCUUUUGGGGGGGGGGGGGGGGGGGAAUCUGUGACCAACAGAUGCAAAUCUUUAUUCCCAGUCAUGUGAAAUCCAUAGAUUGGGCCCUAAAUUUAAUUAAUUUAAUUGUUGCAUUUAUAUUUUUGUUCAGUAUAUGUUAGCAUUUUAUUGGCAGCAGAUAGAAUUGUGCAUUGUGCCCAAAUGUUUAUCGGUGAUGGAUUCCUGAGUAAUCUGUAAGUUGAGUAAGCAUUGUCCUCUUGUCCUGUCCCUGUGUGUCUGUCUGUAGGGCAUCUUAGAGAACGUCCAGAGGAACAAGCUGAUCUUCAUCGAGACCCCAGACGCAGCAGAGACCAGCAUGGCUUUGGAGAAAUACCAGGAGGUCAGGAGACCCUUUCUUUGAUUGUCUUAGGUUGUCUUCUGUCGUUGUGUCUGUGACCUCUGACCUCUUAUCCGUUGUGCCCCAGGCCUGUGAGAAUGGCAGAGGAGCCAUCCUGCUGUCUGUGGCCAGGGGAAAGGUGUCAGAGGGAAUUGACUUUGGUGAGUGUUUUUGUAUUUGUUUGGUAUUUUAUUAGGAUCCCCAUUAGCUGUUGCAAAAGCAGCAGCUACUCUUCCUGGGGUCCAGACAAAACAUGAAUCAUGACAUAAUACAGAACAUUAAUAGACAAGGACAGCUCAAGGACAGAACUACAUACAUAAAAAAAUAUAUAAAAAAGGCACAGGUAGCCUACAUAUCAAUACAUACACACAAAAUAUCUAGGUCAAGUAGGGGAGAGGCGUUGUGUUUCUGAAACCACGUUUGCUGUUUAUUUGAGCAAUAUGAGAUGGAAAGGAGUUCCAUGCAAUAAUUGCUCUAUAUAAUACUGAAUGCUUUCUUAAAUUUGUUCUGGAUUUGGGGACUGUGAAAAGACCCCUGGUGGCAUGUCUGGUGGGGGAAGUGUGUGUGUCAGAGCUGUGUGUAAGUUGACUAUGCAAACGAUUUGGGAUUUUCAACACAUUGUUUCUUAUAAAAAGAAGUGAUGCAGUCAGUCUCUCCUCAACUCUUAGACAAGAGAGACUGGCAUGCAUAGUAUUUAUAUCAGCCCGCUGAAUACAAUGAAGAGCAAGACGUGCCGCUCUGUUUUGGGCCAGCUGCAGCUUAACUAGGUCUUUCCUUGCAGCACUGGACCACACGACCGGACAAUAAUCAAGAUUAGACAAAAAUAGAGCCUGCAGAACUUACUUUUUGGAGUGUGGUGUCAAAAAAGCAGAGCAUCUUUAUUACAGACAGACCUCUCCCCAUCUUUACAACCAUUGAAUCUAUAUGUUUUGACCAUGAUAGUUUACAAUCUAAGGUAACGCCAAGUAAUUUAGUCUCCUCAACUUGUUCAACAGCCACACCAUUCAUUACCAGAUUCAGCGGAGGUCUAGAACUUAGGGAAUGAUUUGUACCAAAUACAAUGCUCUUAGUUUUAGAGAUGUUCAGGACCAGUUUGUUAGUGGCCACCCAUUCCAAAACAGACUGCAACUCUUUGUUAAGGGUUUCAGUGACUUCCUUAGCUGUGGUUGCUGAUGCUUAUAUGGUUGAAUCAUCAGCAUACAUGGACACACAUGCUUUGUUUCAUGCCAGUGGCACGUCAUUGGUAAAAAUAGAAAAGAGUAGAGGGCCUACACCACACUUUACAUGUUUGACAUUAGAGAAGGUUCCAUGAAAGAAAACCCUUAUAGUUCUAUUCGAUAGAUGGCGCUGAAUCCACGAUAUGGCAGAGGUUGAAAAGCCAUAACACGUACGUUUUUUCAACAACAUGUUAUGGUCAGUAAUAUCAAACACUGCACUGAAAUCUAAUAGUACAGCUCCCACAAUCUUCUUCUUAUCAAUUUCUUUCAACCAAUCAUCAGUCAUUUGUGUCAGUGCAGUACAUGUUGAGUGCCCUUCCCUAUAAGCAUGCUGAAAGUCUGUUGUUAAUUUGUUUACAGAGAAAUAGCAUUGUAUUUGGUCAACAGUUUUCUAAGAGCUGGCAGCAAGCUUAUAGGUCUGCUGUUAGAACCAGUAAAGGCCGCUUUACCAUUCUUGGGUAGCGGAAUUAAUUUGGCUUCCCUCCAGGCCUGAGGACAAAGACUUUCCUCUAGGCUCAGAUUAAAGAUAUGACAGAUAGGAGUGGCUAUAGAAUCAGCUACCAUCCUCAGUAGCUUUCCAUCUAAGUUGUCAAUGCCAGGAGGUUUGUCAUUAUUGAUCGGUAACAAUCAUUUUCCACCUCUCCCACACUAACUUUACAAAAUUCAAACUUGCAAUGGUUUUGUUUCAUUAUUUGUUUUCUUUAUGCAUGAAUACGAUGGCUCACUGUUCAUUGUUGGCAUUUCCUGCCUAAGUUUGCCCACUUUGCCAAUUAAGUAAUCAUUAAAAUAAUUGGCAACAUCAAAUGGUUUUGUGAUGAAUAAGCAAUCUGAUUCGAUGAAAGAUUCAGUUGAAUUAGUCUUUCUGCCCAUUUCAUUUUAAAGUACUCCAAAGUUUUUUCCCAUCAUUCUUUAUAUCAUUGAUCUUGGCUUCAUAAUACAGUUUCUUCUUCUUUUUGUUGAGUUUAGUCACAUAAUUUCUCAAUUUGCAGUAAGUCAGCCAGUCAGAUGUGCAGCCAGACAUAUUAGCCACUCCCUUUGCCCCAUCUCUUUCAACCAUACAGUUUUCCAAUUCCUCAUCAAUCCAUGGAGCCUUAACAGUUCUAACAGUCAGUUUCCUAACAGGUGCAUGUUUAUCAAUAAUUGGAAGAAGCAAUUUCAUAAAUGCAUUAAGUGCAGUGUCUGGAUGCUCCUUAUUAAUCACAUCAGACCAACAAAUAUUUUUUACAUCAUCCACAUAUGAGUCACAGCAAAAUCUUUUGUAUGAUCUCUUAUACACUAUUUUAGGCCCAGCUGUUGGAACUUUGGCUUUCCUGGAUAUAGCCACUAUAUUGUGAUCACUGCAUCCAAUGGGUACGAUACAGCUUUAGAACAAAGUUCUACAGUAUUAGUAAAAAUGUGAUCGAUACAUGUGGAUGAUCUUGUUCCUGUAGUGUUUGAACACCCUGGUAGGUUGAUUAAUAACCUGUAGCAUAGAAGUAGAGCCUCCAUCAGGCUCAUUUGCAAAACAAAAUGGCCACCAAAGUUACAACACAGUUCACGUACAGUGAGUUGUUCAGUGUAGUUAUUUGAAGAGAUGAGUGAUAUGAAAAUGUCUCCCUCAGUUCAUCAUUUUGGCCGUGCGGUGAUCAUGUUCGGAGUGCCUUACGUUUACACACAGAGCCGGAUCCUGAAGGUCAGUCUCACUCCUCUGCUGUUUAUCAUCCUUCCCUUGUUCUUCUCUUCUGUUCCGCGUAUGUCCUCCUCACCCUUCUCUGUUAUUCUUUCACUUUACUUCCUUUAAUCCUAAUGGGCUGUUUGUCCAAAAUAGUUAUCCUUCUCCUCUUUUGUCCAUCUCUACCAGGCUCGUCUGGAGUACCUGCGGGACCAGUUCCAGAUUAGAGAGAAUGACUUCCUGACGUUUGACGCCAUGCGGCACGCAGCACAGUGUGUGGGCCGCGUCAUCAGGGGCAAGACGGACUACGGCUUGAUGAUCUUCGCCGACAAGGUGAGGACCUUUUGGAACUUGGUGUGUCCAAAAGUUUGAGGCAAACAUUUCUUACCACUCUGAUCAUUGAUAGACUCUAACCUGAUAAUUUUGUUGAUCCUCUUUUAAGUGUCUGUAAUGUCUACUUAAAUGUUUGUAAUGUAUUUUUAGUUCUGUGUUAGACCCCAGGAAGAUUAGCUGACGUUAUGGCGUCAGCUAAUGGGGAUCCUAAUAACAACUUUUAAAUUUAUCUUGUAAUAAAAAAAUUAUAAUCAUAAAAAAGUGGAUUUCUGGAAGUUGAAAGCCAUAAUGCACUGAGGUCACAGCAGGUUGUUCCAUAAUGCUGUUAGCUAUCUAGUGCCUUCACAUCAGUGGUAACAAAUAAAUGGGUAAAAUAAAAAAAGGCUAUUGAAGAGAAUUGGAACAAAGCCUAAGAUCCUGUUUCUCUCUCGUGUUGCAGCGCUAUGCCCGGGCUGACAAGCGAGGGAAGCUGCCCCGGUGGAUUCAGGAGCACCUCACUGACGGCAGCCUCAACCUGACCAUCGACGAGACGGUACAGCUGUCCAAACACUUCCUACGCCAGAUGGCCCAGCCCUUCAAACAGGUACAGCACAUCACAGUACAGAGACAUGUUUAGUAGGGUUCCAAGGUUGUGGAAACAAAUGUAGAUGCCGGUCUGACAUGUAGAAUAAGAAAUCACAUCAGAUCUAUUCAUGAUAUCUCUACCUGCAACGUUCUUCAAUGUUUGCCAACUGAACGUGUCCCAGGUCUCCCCUUAACCCCUCCUUUCUCUGAAUGUCUCUCUCUGUCAUCCCCCCCCCUCAGGAAGACCAGUUGGGCCUGUCUCUGCUGACACUGGAGCAGCUGCAGUCAGAGGACAUGCUGCAAAAGAUCGCCCAGAUCGCUCACCAGGCCUAAGAGGAAGUGUCAUCACCCAGUCAAACCCACGUCUGUCAUACAGACAAGGUCACUGUUUCAAUACUGUCCUACUGUACAUAGAACAGUUUUUUUUUAACAACGUGUAUAUUUGCAUAAGCCGGGAGGCCGAAAAAUAAAUGUUUACAGUUUCUACCAUGCAGUUGACAUGUUUAAAAAAAAAAUGUACUUAGGGUACAUCAUGAAACAUACGCAGACAAGGCUAGCAUGAACACAGUGGAUUGAAGAGACUCAUUUUCAAAGACAUUGACAAUCUGCAAAGAAAGCUCUCCGUAUGUAACAGCAGUGGAGAUU